GCCCCAUCCUCUCUGCCGGAGCUGCCAACGGGAAGAAAGAAUCCUACGUCAAAGAAUGGAGUUUUUUCUAAGGGAUAUCGAUGCCGACAGUGGUGACAGAGCUUCGUGGAGAGCUAUCGGCCACCUCAACACCACUAGGACAGAACUAAGGGAGGUGUUGACAUUGGCAGAUUCCGCAAUUGGAAUGGCCAGCCGAGCAGAGAUGGCAGAAGUUGCUCCAGUCAUCUGGAACGAGAUCCGGACGUCCUUGGAGCGGAUCCUCGUGAUGACAGGACAACAGAUGGACGAUAACAUCAUUCGAGGUCAAGAAACCCCAACCGAACCUCAACGGACCAUCACCUGCCAGAUCUGUCAGGAUGCUCUCCCGACGAUUGCCAGAUCUGGUGAUUGGGGCUUUGAUCUCCGAGAUAUCCGAACAACGCCAAUAACACGCGGAUUCCGAAGCUCGACAAUGAUCGGAGAUGUUCGGCAGUGUUCGGAUCGCGGCCAGGGGUUGAGGGUGGACCGUACUCAGUCAGUGUGUGAUAUAACGCCGCCCCUAACACAGAACUUGGAUAACGUUAAGAUUCAUAAACAGAUAUCAAGCUAA